AUGAGUCUCCAUAGCCAGAACACAAUAUCAGAUGCACCGCCUCUCUCCUUGGAUACUUCUACUUCCCUCUCUCUUGUCACAAGCUUCUGGGCAGUGCAAUUGGAUAACAAUACAAAUCUCCAUCGCCAAGAAAUAGAAGCAGCUAUGCUGAAUAACCUCAACAAUCCUCACUUUGACCAAAUUCUCGUUUUCCUGGAUCAUGCUACUGAACAAUCAAACUGCACUCAUUUCAGAUAUAGGAUGGCCCAACUGCAAGAAAGAUUCGAUGAAAAGAUGCAAACCAGCAUUGUCAGUGAGGCGUACCAAAGCCAAAAAAAAAAGCCGGUACUAGAUUGCGUCGAGAUUUCUGAACAACCAAACUAUUACCAGAUGUUCCUUCUUGCAACUGGAAGCAAUGUGAAGGGGGAUGUUGUCAUAGUGGAAAAUGCCGAUCAAGCCUUUGAUGACUCUGUGCAGUGGGCCAAGCACAUCAAGAAUACCACUGUACUUGCACUAUCAACCUGGGGAUUCCAACCAGAUAUUGUGCCUUCACCAAUCAAGGAUCACUUCAACUUUGUCCACGGGGAAAACUCCAAAGAGUAUCAUGCAGAGAUACUACCCAGAUGCAACGAUUUCUGGGUAUAUUCCUGGGAUGGUUAUGUUUUUCACAAACAACUCAUUGCGGGUCGCCUAAAAGCAGAGAACUUCCAGCGUCCCACUGUAAAAAUGAUGAACGACUCAACCCAUGAGACCGCUUUCUUCAAAAUGAACGAAGAUGGUGGUGAGAACGCGGCCCUUUGGGCCCUACUAGAAGGGAUUCCAGAAGUCCUGGUGUCGAAUGGAUGA